UACACGCACACCGUUCGCACACUGAUUCAGGUCUCAUCUGAAAAUCAGUGUAUCGCCCCUCUGGGUGAUACUGUGACCCCUAUGUGUACUGAGAUGGGCCUUUUUGUAUUGCUGCAACCCAGUACACUUGCUUUUCAAUUGUGCUUUGUGAAUACUGUGUUUUAUUUUGUGUUUUUUGUCUAGAUGUGUAUUGUGUUGUUUUUAUUACAAAUAAAUGUUUUAUCUAUCUUAUCUAUCUACCUUGAUUUGACUGAUAACACUAGAGUAAACUGUGAAAAACGCUUGCAAGUCGGUGGGCCAUUACUGGUUUAAGUAUCUGAACCCCGAUACUCUAAAACCUGACUACGUCCGUGGUACUCGUAUGUAGUACUCGUAGGAAAUAGUACUUACUACCUCCUUUAUUAUUCAAAAUUACCUAAGGGAGAAAGCCCCGGGGUACAGCAUAAACUGACUUUCUUUCAAAAAGCAAUGUUUUAUUAUCGAUGUACCAAAUAGGUACAUGAAUGAUUGCGCAGUGGUUUACAAGAUGCAGCCGAAGAUACAAAGUCCACAAAUCCACAUACGCGCCACGCGCGUACCUACUAGUCAUCGGGAAACAUCGUAUUGCAGAUCGUAGUAUACUAUGGACAAUAUUAGAAUUAUUAACAAAGUGGUGGAUGGCGGUCCACCUUUCUGGAUACCAGCGAACAUCUCCUUUGGGCAGUACGUCAUAGACAAACUGCGAGCUCUCGUCAAACAGGGAGCCUCUUUGGCGUUAAUUAACGGUGAAACCGGCCAGGAAAUCACCUACCAACAGUUGCUGCAAGAGUCCGUUAACAUUGGGUCUGGCUUGAAGAAGCUAGGGGUGAGACGAGGCGACGUGGUGGCUCUGUGCAGCGAAAACCGAUACGAGUACCUCGCUGCCGCCAUCGGCGUCAUCUGCCGCGGGGCGGCCGUCACGACCGUCAACGUAGAAUACACGCCAGAUGAGCUGAAACAUGUUCUGAAUAUAUCAAAACCGAACGUAAUUAUAUGUUCAGAGAAGAGUGCUACAAAGAAUGUUCAAAUCCUGAAAUCUCUCAAAUACAUUGUAAAGAUAAUUCAAUUUGACGGCUCGCCCGUGGACAAGUCUGUAAUUCCAUACAGCCGUGUGACGGAGCAUGUUGAUGAGAAGUAUUUUGAGGCGGAAGCGGUACAAGGCUGGUCCGAUGUCGCCUAUAUUCUGUACUCUUCAGGCACCACAGGGUUACCAAAAGGAGUUAUGUUGUCCCAUCUCAAUGUACUUUAUUCUGCUGCUACUUUCGACAACGAAGACAGAGUCGAUAGCGAACUUAUAGCAAGAUUGUUAACAGUUGUUCCGUGGUACCAUGCUUACGGGCUAAUGUCUACGAUCAACUAUUUGAUGGUCAAGAAGACACUCAUCUAUUUUUCAGGAUUUAAUCCCCAAAUGUAUCUCAACGCAAUACAGACACACAAGGCUAACGUCCUGCUGGCCGUUCCUCCAAUCGUGGUGUUCCUCGCCAAGUCCCCACUGGUGGAGAAGUACGACUUGUCUUCAGUGUAUGUGGUGAUGUGCGGGGCGGCUCCGUUGAGCACGGAGACUAUCAGCGCCGCGAGCAAACGAUUACCAAGUUGCAUGGGAAUUUUCCAAGGUUACGGAAUGACUGAAACGUCAUUGCUGGCUACGAAAGAUCUUAUUGACUCAUCCCGUAAAGCAGGCAGCGCUGGGUACCCAGUUCGUGGAGUCAAAGCUAAGGUUGUGGAAUUAGAUACACGAGUAAAAUUGGGACCGAACCAAAAAGGUGAAAUUUGCUUAAAAGGUCCAAUAGUAAUGAAAGGUUAUGCUGGAGACAAGGCUGCUACCAGAGACAUGAUGGAUGAGGAAGGCUUCCUCAAGACUGGAGACAUUGGAUACUUCGAUGAAGAAGGAUGUUUCUUUAUAGUUGACAGACUAAAGGAAUUAAUCAAAUACAAGGGAAACCAGGUGCCUCCCGCCGAAGUGGAGAGCGUGUUGCUGCAGCACCCGGGCGUGGCGGAGUGCGGCGUGGUGGGCGCGCCGCACGAGGCCGCCGGCGAGCUGCCCACCGCCUUCGUCGUGCUCAAGCCGGGGCUCCGUCUCGAGCCCGUGGAGCUCGUCGACUUCGCGGCUAAAAGGUUAUCACCGUCGAAGCGGUUACAUGGUGGAGUGAUAUUUGUGGAUGAAAUACCGAAGAAUCCCUCAGGAAAAAUUUUACGUCGAGUACUUAAAAAACAACUUUUGAAAAUGAAAAAGAGCAAACUCUAAAUAGGUAUAGGUAUAUAGAUAUAAUUAUAAAUUAUAUAUUGCUAUACAUAUAAAAUAUAUAGAGGAUUGCAAUGUACUACCUACAAAAAAAGCAAUCAAAUCAAACACAAAUGUCUGAAGAAAUUGAAAGUUACUUUGAGUACCUAAAAGUAUAACACAUGUUUUUCUGUGGAACCUACCUAUUCUUUAGAUUGAGUAUUAUAUAUACAUAAU